AUGUAUGCGGAUAUCAGCAAGCCCCCUGCGCCACUGCCAAAGGCUGAACCACAGUGCAUCAGCGAGGGCGUCACGUUGCUGCCGCCGCUCUCGCGCCGAGGCUACGGAAAGGGCCUCAUUAUACUGCAACAUGAUUCGACGCAACACCUGGACAUUGUCGAAGGAGUCCCCUCUGCUCUCAUCAAGUGGGCGGAAGAGGGUUUCGUCGUGGUGGAGAUCCAAGCCAAGGCGUUGACUAAUCCGAGCCUUGCCACAGAUGUCUUGCAGACUGCUUUGAAAGCACUGAAAGACUGCAGCAAGCUGGAGAAAGAUAGCAGGUUCGGAGUUGUCGCGUUUGACCCAACGUUAUGGAAUAAGAUUGCUGGGGUGGCUUGCAUCUUCCCAGAUAUUGUGGGAGCUGUUGUAUAUGCAGAUUCCAGCGAUGAGAGUACCCUCGAGAAAUCCAAAAUCCCCAUGCUGUGUCACCUUGCUGGUGGCCAAGCACCGCCUGAGACAAAGAAGACCGAGGGCAUCACCACGUAUCGAUAUGCAAAGGCUAAGUCAUUCAGGCUUGCGACGCCAUUUCAUGAAGAUUUCGAUUACUGGUCAGAGUCUCUGUCUCACACCAGAAACUUGACAUUUCUCAAGUCGCUUAUUGGCGGGCCUUAUUUCGAUCUUGAGGCCAUCUGGGAUGAGCAUACAUACUAUGAGUUCGCGGACCGCUCUGUUGAGCAUACCAUGAGCACAAUGGUUGAUCAACCAUACGUGAAUCAUGUUCCCACACUGACGGGUGGCAUCGGACGAGGGCCAUUGACACAAUUCUACCGCAACAACUUCAUUUUCAAUAACUCCCAAGAUACAGAGUUAGAACUCAUCAGCCGCACGCUUGGUAUUGACCGCGUCGUGGACGAGUUCAUCUAUAAGUUCACACAUGACACGGUGGUCGAUUGGCUUGUCCCUGGUAUCCCUCCAACGUACAAAAAGGUGGAAAUACCCUUCACUGCUGUUGUGAAUAUUCGUGGCGACAGGUUGUACCACGAGCACAUUUCAUGGGACCAGGGAACCGUCCUGGCUCAACUUGGUUUGAUGCCGCAGUACCUUCCCUUCCCAUAUCCGAUCAAAGGCCAAGAGGAUGGGGCAACUUUUGAGUACCGCGUGCCAGUCCUAGGGAUCGAUACUGCGGAAAAGAUGAGGGAUCGGAACUCUGUUGUAUCAAACGACAUGUUUAAUUUCAAGGUGCGGAAAUCAUGA